AUGGAGGGCUCACCUUUCUCCAAAUACUCCUGCAUCGACUUCAUCUUCUCCGUGGUCGGGGUCUGCACCUUCCUGGCCGACUGGGGCUCGGACGUGUGGGUGGCCGCUGAGUUUUACCGCCGAGGUGACUUCUUCUGGUUCGGGGUGCUUGUCGCCCUCAUGGUCCUGUCGUCUGUCGUGGUCCAAAUGUUCAGCUGGUUCUGGUUGAAGUACGACCGGGAGCUGCCCGGUUUCAGCAGCGGCGGCAGUAGCGUGCACGCCGGGGCGGACACCGUGCUCUGCGGGGACCGAGUCAAACUGUCCGGCUUGUUGCAUGUGCUGCAGCUGGGCUUCCUCUGCAGGCACAUCUCGGCCAUUCGACAAGGCUUCAGGGUUUGGUGGCGGAAACAGGAAGGGUCAGAGUACGCUGUUUACCUGACACAUGACCUCAGCAUGCUGCGGCUCAUCGAGACCUUCUGUGAGAGCGCUCCACAGCUCACCCUCAUGAUCUAUGUCAUGCUGCGCACCAACAGUGCCAGGACCGUACAGUUUGUGAGCAUCGCUGCAUCAACCACUUCUAUUGUGUGGAUGGUGGUAGACUAUCACCGCUCCCUGCGCUCCUUCCUCCCAGAUAAGGCCAAGCAGGGCUGGGGUUCCUCCUUGGUCUACUUCCUGUGGAACUUGCUGCUGAUCGCCCCGCGUGUGGCCGCCAUCGCCCUCUUCUCCUCUGUCCUGCCCGGGUACAUCGCUGCCCACUUCCUGCUGAUGUGGGUCGUCUUCGUUUUAUGGGCCUGGCGACAGAGGACUGACUUCAUGGACAGUGCUGGUGGAGAGUGGCUCUACCGGGCCACCGUAGGGCUGAUUUGGUACUUCAGCUGGUUUAAUGUAGCGGAGGGUCGGACCCGAGGCAGGAGCAUCAUCUACCAUUCCUUCAUCGCCAUAGACGAAGGAAUCCUGCUGACCACUUGGUGGUAUUACAGGGACCCUGUUCUGACUCAGUCGUACGCCCUCCCUCUGCUCAUCACACUGCCUCUCAGCUACCUCCUGGGCCUGCUCCUCAAAGCCCUCUACUACUGCUGCUUCCACCCUAAACUCUGGAGACCCCUGGCGAGGGAUCCAGGACUGCCUCAUGAUUUGCCAGAUGCAGUGUCCUUCCGAGACUUUUCCAUCCAGGACAACACCAUGUCCUCCCAGCUCCUCAACAGAAGGAUGGCCUGCCAUGCUUCUAAUUUUUAUUCCAAUCAAGGAGUCGAUAGAAACACUGAUAGCACAAAGAAUGCUGAGUCAUCACGUGUGUGAUGUCUGACUUUGUGUGUGUUACUGCCAAUAAUGUACUCCUUAUAACUGUAUUUGAAUGCAACAGUCUAUCUCUACACUGCCUCCUUCCUCUUUGAUCUCCACAUGAUUUCAUCAGAUGCUCACUGUAGUUUGAGUCAGAAUACUGGCUCUAAAAAAGUACUUGAAAAUAGGAGUGGGAAAUAUGAAUGAAAUCUUUGCCGUAUUCUUUGUAUAUUAUAUAUUGCCAUAUCAGUUUACUUAUACUGGGAUACUUUACAUUACUGGACAAUCAAUUGAAAGACUGUUAAAGUAAAUUAAAAUAAUUGAAUACCUGAUUAAUCCAGGUACGUAAUCACAUUCUAUCAAAUUUUAAUAUUUCCAUAAAGCUGUCCUGCAUUGAUUUGCAACAUUGCCACAGACAUAUUAAAGGGAAAACUACAAUGGUAGAAACAGUUUACAAAAAUCUGUUUACAAAGUCACAUGUUUAUUGUCCCAUAUCUCUCACCUCUACUUUACAGUAUGAUUAUUUAAUGUACUCAUUUAUAAAGUUAUAAUGUUAAAUAUUAAUGUAUAUUUGAUACAUUUUCUACAAAGUCAUUUCAUAUCUUUUCAUAUGAAGUGAAAUUUUACAUGUGAAAUAACUACAAAUUUAAUGUGA